UAAAACAACUCACACUAGCUAGACAACAGUGACUUCCUUAAUUGAUCAGGCUUUUUAUGUAUUUCUGUGCAUCUCCUCAAAGCAAGUCAAGAUGUUGCCAUAAAAAUAAUAUAAGUUUAACAAUUGCUGCAGGGGGAAAGGAAGACUCAACUUUGUGAAAAGAUUAUGGAGGAGGUCUGGUGUCUGGGAUGUGGGAAGUGUUUGGAAAGGAGGACUGCAUCAGACAGUGGGCAAACACUACUGGUAGCUUAAAAACAUACCCACACACACACACACACAUAUGUCUCCCAAGGGCUUCAGUGAGAACGAGGGAUAGCCCUGUCUCUGCUGUGUGUAGCUUCUGAUCAAACAGAGUUGCCAGUCUCGUCCUCUGGCUCCAUGGCUGCCCUGUUCUGUGGCGUGUUGGUGCUGCUCUGUGGCUUUGACUCUGCAUGGGCCACAUUAGUCACCGAUAUGGACUAUGGUGGCAUUCCUCUGUGGAUUAACCGCCUGCUGGGCGAGCCCAGCGUUUUAAGUCUGCAGGGAAGGAUUGACCCGGCCUGGUUUCGAGCUAACAAUGACCAGGCCUGUCCUGAGCAGUGUGACUGUCCCAUCCACUGGCCGACGUCGCUCUACUGUGACAGCAGAGGCCUUGAAAGCCUCCCCCAGGACUUGCCGCAAGGAACCCAGUACUUGUUUUUACAGGGCAACAAGAUCUCAUCCCUGUCCUACCCCGUCCUGGCUAAUAUCACGGGGCUACGCUGGCUAAUCAUCGACAACAACCAGCUGGAGAGCAACGAACUGGAGCUGGCCUCUCUGCAGAACCAGACUCAGCUGCGCUACUUUUUUGCGAACCGCAACAACCUGAAAUCGGUGCCUGGCGGCUUACCGGCCGGACUCGAACAGCUGCGGCUGGCCUACAACCGAAUCAGCAGCAUCAGCCCAGGAGCUUUCCAGAACCUGCAGAAGCUGACGGUUCUGUUGCUGCAGGGAAACAGGCUGCAGACCAUCACAGAGGGCGACCUCAAAGGUCUCGUCAGGCUGAAUCUGUUGGACAUCAGUGGAAAUUAUUUCUCAGCCGUCCCCAGCCAUUUACCUCCCUCUGUCCAGCAGCUUUAUUUGUCCUACAACAACUUCUCUGGGCUGGACAAGGGCAGUUUUGAAGGUUUUCUCAACCUGAAGCACCUGCGCCUCAGCCACUGCGGCCUGCAGAGCAGCAGCGUCCACCCGCAGGCCUUUAACCACUCCAGCCUGGUGGAGGUGGACCUCUCUUACAACGAGCUGACCACCACCCCCACGGUUCCAACGACCCUGCAGUACCUCUACCUGGAGGCCAAUAGCAUUCAAGAGUUCAACGUGAGCAGCUUCUGCAGAGACGUGGGGCCUCUGUCCUACUCCAGGAUGAAGAUCCUACGGCUGGAUGGAAACAAAAUGGCACAGCACCAGCUCCCCCCUGACUGGGUUCACUGCCUCCGAGUGCUUCAGAGAAUUUUCAUCUGACUCGGAGAAUUAGUUAGUACAUCGUGUACCCCCUCCGACCCGAACAGGUGCUCCAGAGAAAAACACGACUAAACCUCAGCUUGUUGAUGUCCAGCUAAUCGUGUCUGUUCUUCACAUUAAAGCUUGAAAUCAGACAAGGCGACUUGUGAUUCACAUUGUCUUCACUGUGCAGAAACAAACCAAGUCGUUUCAGGAAAAAUAAAAGUUUAAAAGAGGACAAAGGCAAAAUGUAUCUCAACAUUAAUGUUUUAGGAAAACUGCUGAUUACAACGUUAUUAUUCCAAUCCCAUUUCUACACGAGAUCCGCUACUGCAGGGUCGGACAUCUGUGUUGUGUUACUGGAUAAUAGCAUUGGCAAGCUUUCUCUUCUGAAUUUACUGACUCAUGUGACUGCCAUGUUUCAACAACACGGCAGUCACACAUCGAGCCCAGCAGAGAGAUGAAUGAAUUGUCUCGAGAUGAAUAUUUGACUUAAUAUUAAGCCUAAGGAUGAAUAUGACAAAAAUGAUCUGCAGAAAAGGCACCAAAGUCUUAAAUGGAAUAAUGAAUUCAUGUUAAUGGAGAGGGAGGAUUUUAACCUGUCCAAAGUUUGGAUGAUUAAUCGAGCAAGAAUGUCAAAGAGGCAACAAGGCUGUAUGUUCAAUGUAAAACUGUAUUUAACAAGUUUACUGUUGACAGAUGGCAAAAAAA